AUGUCAGGGAAGGUAUUGAUGUUGCACGGUCUGGCGCAGUCCGGAGAUUACUUUGCGUCCAAAACGAAGGGAUUUCGCCAAGAAAUGGAAAGGAUGGGGUAUGAGUUGUACUACCCAACGGCGCCCAACAGGUUCCCCGGGGCAGACCUGCCUGAUGACAUGAUUGCGGACAUAUCGGGGACCAAAACCGAUGAUGGGGUGAUUGCGUGGUUGCAGAAUGACAGUAUCAACAGGACGUACUUUCUUCCUGAAACUACAGUUCAAUAUCUGCACGAUUAUGUAGUAACCAAUGGGCCCUUCGACGGUGUGGUCGGUUUCAGUCAAGGUGCAGGGGUAGCUGGAUACCUGAUGACCGAUUUCAAUGGUUUACUGAACUUGAAGGACGAGGAGCAACCCCCCAUAAAGUUUUUCAUCUCUUGUAGCGGGUUCAGGUUUAGACCCGAGGUUUACCAAAGACAGUACGAUGAACACCCCAUCAAAGUCCCCUCGUUACAUAUACAGGGCCAGUUAGAUACUGUUUCGGAACCAGAGAAAGUACAAGCAUUAAUGGCUUCUUGCCAAGAGGGGACAAAGACUCACAUCAUGCACGCAGGCGGUCAUUUCGUCCCGAACUCUAAAUCGUUUUUGAAGAAACUAGCGGCCUGGUUAGAAUCUAUCGGUGCAGUAGAACCAUAG